AUGUCGGAAGGAAACGCUGCGGGCGAGCCCAGCAUCCCCGGAGGGCCCCGACCCCUCCUCUCUGGAGCCCGGGGGCUUAUCGGGAGGCGGCCGGCGCCCGCCGUUACCGCGGGGCGCCUUCCCUCCGUCCGCUCCAGGGACCUCACCCUCGGGGGAGUCAAGAAGAAAACCUUCACCCCAAACAUCAUCAGUCGGAAGAUCAAGGAAGAGCCUAAGGAAGAAGUAAUUGUCAAGAAGGAGAAGCGUGAAAGGGAUAGAGACCGACAGCGAGAAGGACAUGGACGCGGCCGGGGUCGCCCAGAAGUGAUCCAGUCCCACUCCAUCUUUGAGCAGGGCCCAGCUGAAAUGAUGAAGAAAAAAGGGAACUGGGAUAAGACAGUGGAUAUGUCAGACAUGGGGCCCUCUCAUAUCAUCAACAUCAAAAAAGAGAAGAGGGAGACGGAUGAAGAAACAAAACAGAUCCUGCGCAUGCUGGAGAAGGAUGAUUUCAUCGAUGACCCUGGGCUGAGGAAUGAUAAUCGAAACAUGCCUGUACAGCUGCCUCUGGCUCACUCUGGGUGGCUGUUUAAGGAAGAGAAUGAAGAACCAGAUGUUAAACCUUGGCUGCCUGGCCCCAAGGAAGAGGACAUGGAGGUGGAUGUGCCUGUUGUGAAAGUGAAAGAGGAGCCACGAGAUGAGGAGGAGGAGACCAAGAUAAAGGCUCCCCCCAGAGCAGCCCGGAAGACCCCGAGCCUCCCGAAGGACGUGUCUGUGGCAGAGCUGCUCAGGGAGUUGAGCCUCACCCAGGAGGAAGAACUACUGUUUCUCCAGCUGCCGGACACCCUCCCUGGCCAGCCGCCCACUCAGGACAUCAAGCCUAUCAAGACAGAAGUGCAGAGCGAGGAUGGACAGACGGUGGUUAUAAAGCAGGAGAAAGAUCGGGAAGCCAGGCUGGCAGAGAAUACCUGUACCUUGGGUGACCUGACAGAGGGCCAGGUUGGCAAACUGCUCAUCCGCAAGUCAGGAAAGGUGCAGCUCCUCCUGGGCAAGGUGACUCUGGAUGUAACGAUGGGAACUUCCUGCUCUUUUCUACAGGAGCUGGUGUCCGUGGGCCUUGGAGAUAGUAGGACGGGUGAUAUGACAGUCCUGGGACAUGUGAAACACAAACUUGUGUGUUCCCCCGAUUUUGAAUCCCUCUUGGAUCACAGACAGCGGUAAAAUAAGCAGAUGGAGGAUGAUGGCAACUGCCCAUGGCUGCUGGCUGCUUGAGAUGUUUUGUUCUCGAAUCUGUGAGACCCAGAAGGGGCCUGUUUAGCCUACCCACUCCAGCCUUUGGCAACCAUUGUCCCAGUGAUCCCCAUAGGUCCCAAAUGCCAAGCAGCUCCCUCCCACAGCAGCUGUAAAUGGCAUAGUAACCUACCCACACUAUGGGGGACUUGGCCCUGUUAUUUAUUUUUAUAUUUAUGUCUUAACUUCCUAAACUGACUGCAUCCUUCCAAGGUAAAGAGAGGAGCAUCUGUGGAAAACUGCGGGCUAUUUCUCUUGGUGACCCUCUUGGUUCUCAGAGUAGGAAGUAUAAGGACUGUUGUGCUUUUGCCCCCUCUUUCUUCCUGAGGGGCAGUGCAGUAUAGAGAGCACAGGAUUUUUGAGUCUAAGACUUAGUACUCACUCCCAGUUCCGUCAGCUGCUGCUUGUGUGACUUUGGACAAACUACCUAACCUUUCUGAGCCUCGUUCGUAUUCCUCAUCUGACAAAAAUGGGGAUGAUACCUACCUCACAGGAUUGGUGUGAGGACUAAAUGGAAGAGUGUAGAUGAAAACUCCUUGCACAAGGCCAGACAUAUACACAGUCGGCGCUCAAUAAAUGUUACUUUCCUUUUUC